CGGAAGUCGGAUGUUGCUGUUGAGUCACCCCUGACUGGUAACAGCCAGAUAGCGGAAAACAAUUCGAGAUGAUGCUGACGACCUGGGCAUCUUCUAACCGAUCCAGACAUUGAAUAAAUGCUCGUUUCAAUUUGGACAUUGUUUCAGGUAUCUGUGCUACACUGUAACAGGCUGACCUUUUACUGAGAUGAUGGAGGAAGUCGACAGAUUUCAAGUGCCUCCGGUUAAUCCAGAGACGGAGCUGCUGGACUCUGCAGCAACAACCACUUUGGAGGCCGACUCAAGCACGAUGGAACCAGAGUCGGUCGCCAUCAACUACAAACCCUCCCCACUACAAGUCAAGAUAGAGAAACAGAGGGAAUUGGCACGGAAGGGCUCAGUGAAGAAUGGUACUGUGGGUAGUCCGGUCAAUCAGCAACCCAAGAAAAAUAAUGUCAUGGCUAGAACAAGGUUGGUCGUCCCUAAUAAAGGCUAUUCAUCAUUAGAUCAAAGUCCAGAUGAGAAGCCGCUCGUAGCCUUGGACACAGACAGUGACGACGACUUUGAUAUGUCUAGAUACUCAUCAUCCGGAUAUUCUUCCGCCGAGCAAAUAAACCAAGACUUAAACAUCCAGCUGCUGAAGGACGGAUACCGAUUGGACGAUCCCGACGACGAAGAUCUGGACCUCAUCCCUCCCAAAUCAGUCAACCCCACCUGCAUGUGCUGUCAAGCCACUUCCUCCACUGCGUGUCAAAUUCAGUAACACGCCACCUCUAAACCUCGCCGUUUAAUCGACCCGAAGAAUAGAUUCACUUAAUUUAUUAAACACGAUAGAAUAAGUGUAUUUCAAUUGAUUUAAAAUAGGGAAUGUUGAAUGAAAAUGCACAAGAAAUAUGUUACCGUCAUUGGUUCCUCCUAUGGUAGGACGUUAGUGUUUUUAUCAUCACCAGAGGGCGCUAGACCAGGAUGUGUACAGAUGCAUUGAGGUACCUGAAUGCGGAGAACGUAUGCCGCGGUUCAAAACAGAAUGUUCGACUCUUAAGUUUUCUUCUCUAGAACAGUGUUUGCCAACCUUUUCACAGCAACGUGUCCUUACUGGAUAUCAUUUAACAGCAUAAUGAAUAUUAUUCUGUCGCUAUAAUACUGAGAUAGAUUCUAGCCCUCCUGCGACCCUGAUGAAUAAACUGGUUUGGAAGAUGGAUAGAUUCAUAUUAUUAAAAUGCCAAGUUUUGCAAUUAUACACUUUCACACUUUAAGAAAUACCGAUUUUGAAUCCGCAUUAAAGUUAAUAUUGUUCUCCGCUGACCCUUAGGGAAUCAAUGCUCUAAUGCCCAGCUAUGUUUAGCGUACACUUUUAGAUAGUAAGUACAGAAUUCGUCUUUGUCAAAUGAAAGGGAGUGUAAAGAGACCAGAAGAAUCUGUUUCACAUUUAGAUUCUUAUUCAUAUUUUCCUAUUUAAGUAUUAAUAUAUUAUCAGUAGCUUUGUAGCACAUGAGUAAAUGACAUACUCUUAGAAAUCUUUACAAACACACACACACACACACACCGAUCUGCUAAAAUAGUCAAAUCAUGUUUAGAUGUUAUGUCAGGGAAUGUACCUCCAAACAGAGACUGUUUUAUAAGUAUAAUUUAUGUUCCAUAAAAUUUUGAUCAGCGUUACUUGUGGAUUUUGAACAUAAUGAAAACUUGCACACAAAAUCAGCACAGUUACCGGUUUUUGUAGGGAAAAGCUUAUUAAAGCUUGUUAGUUUCAUCAGCAGAUAGUUCAAGAAUACGUGAAUACCUCUAGAUCUAAAACACGAUUUGGUACGACUUCAGGAUAGAGGAAAAGCUUGCAUUGAGGUACUUUAAGUCAAAAAAGCAGUUGCUAGAUAGGGUAUGCAACAAUGCAACAGAUUUUGUUCAACACGAUACACUAUUUGUGCCAAAAUGCAUUAUUUCUUUAGUUUAAAAACGGAAUUGACUGGGGAAACCUAUGCCCAUGGCCAACAUUCUAAACGAUCCCCAAAAUCAAUGUUACAUUUGGUUUAACACAGACUUUAAUGAUCUUGUUCCAUGUGAAGUCAUUUUAAAGUGCAAUACCGUCUUGUCAGACAGUGUCAUUUAAUGCAUGUCUUAUGUACUGUAGAUUUCCAAAAUUUUUUGUCUUUUGUUCGUCAUGCAACUAUAUUAGGACUUUCCUAUUGACUUUGCUUUUGUUUAUUUUGUGAACUUUCAAGAGCACAUAAACCUAAAGUCACACCCUACUACACUGAGCACUAUGCUACCAACACUCCAGUCCUCAACCAAUGUACUACAUCUGGAGAAUGUAUGAAUUACAAUGUAAAAAUGUCAUAAUCUAAUAUUUAAUGUUUUCCUGCAUUGCUAUAUCAGUGACCAGAAUAGUAUAUGACGGUCACUGCUUUUCACUGAAUGCAGAACACUACAGUGUUAACUUUUCUUCUAAACAUUUUUAUUGCAAUAUCGGGGAAUAUUUAACUCUGCGUUGCCAUUUAAACCCCUGGUUGCCACGUGUCAUGUAUGUUUUAGUAAGAAAGCUUUUAGCAUAGCAACAUAUACUCUCGCUUUGUCAUGGUAUGUAGAUGUGCCACAGGAUGGAUUUUUUUCAUCUGUGUAUGUGUGUAUGCUUCUCCUGGUGUCAAUACAAUACUGUGUCCCUGCUUUGGAUGAAGAGAAAAGCACCGUUGUGUAUCAUCGCUUGGAUUAUCCUCCACUUUUUGUUACUACAUUGAAUUAGAGUUUGCCUUAAAUGAAGCUAAACAGCGGGUCAGUUUAUUUAUUGCCUGUGACAUGUUUUUAAUUUAUUGAAAUAAAUGGGAUGUUUAACAUA